AUGUUAUCCUCAAAUGCGCUGUUGGCGCUUGCCGUUUGCGCCUGUGCCGCAUCGCUGGCUGUGGCACGCAGCUACAGCAAUGGACUCAUCUUCUACGAGCUGCAGUCGCACACACCCUAUCUGCCACCGACGGUGAGCGUGUCGCGUGGCCGAAACUUGGCCAGUGCCAAGUACUCGGAGAAGGGCUCCAUUUGGUCCACAUUCGGACAGCCGUGCGAGUGUCGCGGCAUGAUUUGUGGCUGCUGUGCUGGCCUCAAAGUGGAUCAGUACAAGUUCGAUCAGAAGGUUUGUGCCAAUAUCACAUUCGUGCCGCAACUGGAGGAGGCGCAGGUACAAGUCUACCUAAAUGAACGUCAAUCGGCCAAAUACGGGAUCUCGGUGCGAAAUCCAUCGCCCUUCUGCAUACCCGUUAUGAUGGGUGUCCCGAUGGCAAUGUGCGUCCAGCUGACCGAUGUGGCGAUGGUGGGCAACAAUCUGAACAUGUGCAUGGACUUUGUGGUGCGACUGGCUACGACCGAUCUCUUCGAGAUGCACUUUCAGUGCAUGCGCAUGGGUCUCGAUGGCGUCCAGUACGUCGAUAAGAAUGGUCAGCCCGUGAUCCCUACUGCCAGUACUCCUCAAGCCGAUGAGGAUGAUAGGGAUACGCUCGAGUAUGACUAUGCCGAGAUGCUGGAGGGAGAACAGCAGGAGGAGAUGCAACACCAGCUCGAUGACCAGAUAACAGAACUACCAAAAACAGAGACAGCUGAACCUGAAUCCGAAACCGAAUCGGAACCACUGAAAAUUGAAAGUGAAAUGCUUAUGGCAGGAGACGAAGACCUGCUGCAAGUGAAGGGGGACGAGGUACAGGAGGAGACGAAGCAGGAGUCGGCGGCUGAUGACAAAGUUGGCGAGAGCGACCUGAAGCAAAACGAAGUAAUUGAAACAAUUACCAAUUCAAUACAAGCCAACGAGGUGCCAGCCGCAGCCGCAGCAACAGCAACAGAAACAACAGCGAAGCCAGAGGAUGAGGAGGAGGCGAGCUAUGGGCAACAGCAGCAGCAGCAACAGCAGCAGGGGGAACAAACAAAGGAGAAGGUUGUGGAGGUGGUGGGGCAAGAUCAAGAGGUGAACGAAGCAACAACAACAAAAACACCAACAUCAACAACAACUGCAACAGCAACAUCAGUAGCUGAAAUUGCUGAAAUGGCAAACGACAGUUACAAUGAAGUGAAUGUGGAUGACGCGGCAGAAGCAGAAGCAGAAGAAGCUGGAGGAGAAGCAGGAGGAGAAGACGAUGACACUGAGACAGUGACAGAGGCAGAAACAAAGAUGGAGGAGGAGCAGGAAUAUGAAACGACGCAAGCAGAUGCUAGUGAUGAUGAUGAUGAUGAUGAUGAUGAUGGUGGUGAUGGUGGGGAUGGUGAUGAUGAUAAUGAUGAUGAUGAUGAUAAUGAUGAUGAUGCAGCCGAAGACAAUAAAGACGAUGACGAUGUGCAGCUGGCCCAGGGGGCAAAAACAUAA